UUGAUUUUUUUUUCCUACCAAGAGCAGUUGUUAGAGUAUUGCCCAAAUUAUUUAUGAGACUAUUGGACGGUAAGCAUUAUUCAGAUGAGGAAACAAAAGUUAAACUUAAUCAAAAGGAAGAAUUGUAUAAAGCAUUGAAAGAAGAAGGCGACGGUAAAGUGUGUCCUUUAUUAUCCAGAAGUAUCAUAUUUGAAGUAGCAUAUCAUAAUUCAGUGUUGACGAGUGCUGAAAGAAAACUGAUAGAAGAAGCUUUUCUAGAUGGUAUUCUUAAAUGUAUUUGUUGUGCAUCAACAUUGGCAGCUGGUGUAAACUUCCAGCCCAAAGAGUAAAAUUAAAAGAUUUAUAUUUUAGAACUUUAGACCA